CCCUCUUUCUCUCUCUAACCCCUCUCUCUUUCUAUAUACAUAUAUAUAUAUACACCCCUCUCCUCCUUUCCCUCACAUCAAUCAACAACUUCUCUUUCUCUUUCUCUAAAAACAAUUUCAAGAACAGUAACAACAAUGACCAAUGGAAUUGGAAAAAGCAGGGCUUUCUCUGAGUUUGAAGAUUUGUUGCCUGUAAUGGCCGAUAAAUUAGGGGGAGAAGGGCUUAUUAAAGAACUCUGUAAUGGAUUCGAGCUGCUGAUGGACAAGGAAAAGGGGUUGAUCACGUUGGAGAGCUUGAGGUCAAACGCUGCCGUUUUGGGUCUGCAAAAUAUGAGAGAAGAUGAGCUUGUGAGUAUGGUUAGAGAAGGUGAUUUGGAUGGUGAUGGAGCUCUUAACCAGAUGGAGUUCUGCGUUUUGAUGUUCAGAUUAAGCCCUGAUCUUAUGGAAGAAUCUUGGUUGUGGCUCGAAGAUGUUCUCCAAGAUGAGCUCACUAAUACUAAAAGAUCUUAACUUUUUUUUUUUUUUAUCUUUUCUGAAAGUUUAAAGUAGAAAACAUUUUUUUUGAAUGAUUUUGAUUGGCAUUGAAUAAAAAAAUUACCAUUUAUUGUACAUUCGUUUUGAUUGCAAUGCCCGUUGUUUAUAAUGAAGAAGAACAUUCUUUCCAUCAUGAUUAACUGUUCUCAAUAUGAAUUUGAAAGGAAAUUUGAUGUUAUUAUUCAUUGAA